AUGGCUUUCUCUAACUGGGUGCACAACACCAACCUGCGGGUUGCCCGCAGUCCCGUGGGGAAAUGGUUUCGUCUAGAGGGCUGUGGCCAUCCUAGGGAGAGGAAGGGUAGCUACUUCUUCACUGAAAUCCGCGCCGGCCUCGCCACCUUUUUCGCCAUGGCAUACAUCAUCUCUGUCAACAGCAAUAUCACAUCUAUAUCGGGUGGAACCUGUGUCUGCCCCGAGGAAGACAUGGGUGACUUCUGUGCAACCAAUGUCGACUACGCUAUGUGCACACAAGAAAUCAACCGCGAUAUCGUCACCGCCACCGCCGCCAUCGCAGCUCUCUCGACUUUCUGCAUGGGUUUCUUCGCCAAUCUGCCUAUCGCGCUUGCACCUGGAAUGGGACUCAACGCGUAUUUCACCUACACUGUUGUUGGGGCCCGCGGUUCCGGUAUGGUCUCAUACUCGACUGCUCUGACGGCUGUCUUCGUGGAAGGAUGGGUAUUCUUGGGCUUGACCCUUUGCGGUAUGCGACAGUGGCUGGCCCGUGCGUUGCCAAAGUCUAUCAAACUUGCAACUGGUGUCGGUAUCGGUCUUUAUCUCGCAUUGAUCGGUCUGACUUACAGUGCUGGUAUUGGAUUGGUUCAGGGUGGCGUUGACACUCCCAUCGAGUUGGCUGGAUGUGUGAGCUUCAACCCAGAAACUGGCUUGUGUGAUAGCAGCGAUAAAAUGCGCAGUCCUACUAUGUGGAUUGGCAUCUUCUGUGGCGGCAUCCUGACGGCUUUGCUCAUGAUGUACCGUAUCAAGGGUGCUGUUAUCAUUGGCAUUUUGCUGGUCUCGAUCAUUUCGUGGCCUAGGACAACUUCUCUUACGUAUUUCCCUUAUACGGACCUCGGAUCUAGCAAGUUUGAUUUCUUCAAGCAAGUUGUUACUUUCCAUCCUAUCAAGCAUACUCUGCUCGCUCAGGAUUGGAGCUUGGCUGGCAAGGGCAGCCAAUUUGGACUGGCUUUCAUCACAUUUUUGUAUGUCGAUAUUCUGGAUACCACAGGCACAAUGUACUCCAUGGCCCGAUUCGCCGGCGCCAUCAACGAGGAGACCCAGGACUUCGAAGGCAGCGCCAUGGCCUACAUGGUCGACGCAAUUUCCAUCUCGAUUGGAUCUCUUCUCGCAUUCGUCGAGUCCGGUGCCGGCAUUUCCGAAGGCGGUAAAACCGGCCUCACAUCAUGUGUCACCGGCAUUGCAUUCUUUAUUGCGGUAUUCUUCGCCCCGAUUUUCGCUUCAAUUCCUCCUUGGGCUACGGGUUGCACGCUCGUGAUUGUCGGUGCCAUGAUGGCCAAGGCUGCCGCCGAUAUCAACUGGCGGUACUACGGUGAUGCGAUCCCCGCAUUCCUCACCAUCGCCAUUAUGCCUUUCACAUACAGUAUCGCCUACGGCCUGAUCGCCGGUAUCACCAGCUACAUCACCCUCAAUGGCUUUACCUGGUGCUUGGAGAAGAUCACCGGUGGUCGCAUCGUCCCGCCUAACAAGGAUGAGUCUGAGCCUUGGUCUUGGAAGCUCCAGGGCGGUUUCCUCCCACCAUGGGUCAACCGUGCUGCUCAUGGAAAGAGGCAGUUCUGGAAACCCGAUGAGGAAUAUGCGGAGGAGCGGGUUGCAACUGGUGAGGCUGUGUCUUUCUCUUCCGGGUCGGAGGAACGUGUGGCUCUUGAGAAAGGUCAUGAGCCUACCGCUGCCCCACUGAAGUCGGAGUAA